AUGUCUUCAUGUUCAUCCAAUAUCCCAGAUAUUGAGAGAGUGAUAGAAAACUCCUCCGAUCCUAUUGGUUUGUUAAAAAAUGACUCAAGUGGAACCUUAAUUGACCAUAAAAAGCAAUCUUCAACAUUUUUACCCCAAGCCUUGUUAGAUAAUUCUUCUUACAUCCGGUGUCAUUCUGAUACCGAUUGGUCGACAUCUGGCAAUACUUCUCAAAAUGCAGUAAUACCAGAAAAUGUUGCAGGUGGAACCCCGCCACCUCCAUCUUCUAAUAGUUUUACUGCUUUUCCUGAAUUAAAUUCACAUGAAAUUCCAAGAGAUUUUUUGAAACGUUCGACUGAUCCAUCUUGCUUGCUUCAUCGUGAUACAUCAACAGCGCAUUCUGCGUUUUGCUCGUGUGAGAAUGGUGCUCUGUUUCAAAGUAUUGCAGUAAAUCCUGUUGUUUCAUCAAUUACAGAUGGAGGGAAUCAAGCUGAUUUAAGAUAUAUUCCACCAAUGACUGGGCAUUCAUUAACAACUGAAUACAAUAUUUAUAAUGAGAGCCUUUCCUCCCAAUCACUCCCACUGUCGGAGAUCGUAUUGGACUUGGACUCAAUAUAUUCACCCUUAACGGAAGAAAGUAAAUCCAAUAGCAUAGGGGCUUCGCAAACUAAAAUUUUGAAGCGAAGUCAAGAUAACAGCAUAUUUAAUCUGCAAAAUGAUGAUGAAUUGGCUAUUAAAAUUGAACCCAUUGCACAAAAUACUGUCUCAAUAAGUUCAGUUAUUCCUUCGCUCACCACAAAGGUGGUUCCACCUAAGCCCGCUCCAACAAUUUAUCAGUAUGCAGGUGGUAAGAAUCGUAAGUUUAAGUUUGAUAUGUUUAGAAUCGAGGAUAUUACAUCGUCAAAAGGUAAUAAUAACCUUCCUGGUAUAUAUGCCGACAAAAAUACAAGGAAGAGAAAAUUGAAAACUUCAAAAAAUAAAGAGAAAUCCCUUCACAAAGAUCCCGAAUAUAUUAAAGAUUAUUCUUCGGAAUACCCAAAGUUCAAAUCUAAAGUCAUUUUGCCUUUAAUGACGAAUGAAAGAGAAGGGAAAAUUCUUCGGAUGUCCAGGCAGAAAGCAAUGAGUAUUAAAGAUGUCCAACAGGUGUUGUGGCUAUUCAAAUUGCGAAACUUUGAUUUAAAGCUAAAAUUUCUUGUUUCAAUUAUUGGUAGGCCAUCAAAGCAGAAAUUACCUCCUCAUGAAAAAGAUAAUGGAUUAAUUAUAACUGAAAGAACAGAUAAGCAUUUAAGUAUGACAAUAAAGACAUAUGCUGGCGCUGAUGAUUCAGCAGAAACAUUCGAUGGAUCGAUUGUUUCCUGCUUUAAAGAUGUCAAACAGUUUCAAAUAUAUUUUAGACAGCCAAAUCAGCCGACAACCUAUAAGUCAAAAAAUAAUCUUUUGAAGAAUGCAACUAAAAAAAGAAAAUUAGAGAAAGGAUUGAUUCCUAUCAAAUGCGUCAAGAGACCUUUAAAUUCAUUUAUGCUUUAUAGAGCGCUGAUGGUCAAAGCAAUUAUUUUGCUCUCAUUUAUGGACUCACUUUCGGAUUUCUUGUUUGAAAAAACGGGACUGAACUACAAAACGUAUGAUCCUGAAAAAGAAAAAGUAUUUUUGGAGAACUCCGAAAUUGCUGUAACAGAGGAAUUAAAACAGCAACUAAAAUCCCAGUUCAAGGUCAAAAAGUUCAAUCACCAUUUACUGAUACAGAUUGUAUCCUUGAUGUGGGCUAACGAAGAUCCAACGAUUAAGGAAGAAUUUUAUCGUGUUGCCGGCAUUGAAAAGAAGAUACAUACUUUAUGCUAUCCUGAAUAUAAGUAUCGACCAAACCGUAAAAAUUGA